GCUUUUGGAAAAUUAUUUGGAUAAACUUUUCACGGCCAAGAAACUUGGAGGAAUUUGCAGGGUUUUAGUGUAAAUCGGAUAGAAGUUUCCGUUCUCGUGUGCUGCUUCUAACGAUGAGUCGUAACGGAAGACGACGCAGCCGUAGCAGGAGUCCCCGCGGACGAGGUGGAGGCCCACCAGCCAGUCGUUAUGAGAUCGGCAAGACGCAAUCGCUUCGUCCUGUGCAGUGGUCGCAGGUGAAGUUGGAACCGAUCGUGCGGGAACCGUAUCGCUCCAAAGCCACCUAUCGGCGCAGUGAACGUGAAGUAUCGGAGUGGCGCCGAUCCAAGGAAAUCACGACCAAGGGUCGCGAACUGCCCGAUCCCAUAUUCACCUUCGAAGAGUCGGGCUUUCCGGCGGAAAUCAUUGACGAACUACGGUAUGCCGGAUUCACAGCACCGACCCCCAUCCAGGCCCAGGGUUGGCCGAUUGCCUUGUCCGGUCGCGAUAUGGUUGGUAUCGCGAAGACGGGCUCGGGGAAAACGCUUUCCUACUUGAUCCCAGCCCUGAUCCAUAUCGACCAGCAACCUCGGUUGCGACGUGGAGAUGGCCCGAUAGCCCUCAUCCUGUCGCCGACGCGUGAAUUGGCCCAGCAGAUCAAACAAGUGGCGGAUGAUUUCGGGCGGGCACUCAAGUACAAGAACACCUGUCUGUUCGGUGGCGGCAAGAAGCGGAAGCAACAAGAAGAUCUCGAGUACGGAGUAGAGAUCGUGAUCGCCACACCCGGUCGGUUGAUCGAUUUCCUGUCGAUGAAUCAGACGAAUUUGCGCCGCUGCUCGUACCUUGUGCUGGACGAAGCGGAUCGUAUGCUGGAUAUGGGCUUCGAGCCACAGAUUCGCACAAUCAUAGAACAGAUACGACCGGAUCGGCAGACGCUGAUGUGGUCCGCUACGUGGCCCGAUGUUGUUGCCCGGCUGGUGAAGGACUAUCUGAAGGAUUACGUGCAGAUCAAUGUGGGAUCGCUGAAGCUGGCCGCGAACCACAACAUCCUGCAGAUCAUCGAUGUAUGCCAGGAGUCGGAGAAGGAAUCGAAAUUGAGCAUUUUGUUGCGUGAGAUCAUGGCCGAGAAGGAGUGUAAAACAAUCAUUUUCAUUGAAACAAAGAAGCGCGUGGAUGAUAUCACGCGCAAAGUGAAACGGGAUGGAUGGCCGGCACGCUGUAUUCACGGGGACAAAUCGCAGAAUGAGCGCGAUUCUACCUUGAAGUCAUUCCGCUCGGGAAGGACACCGAUUCUGAUUGCUACCGAUGUAGCGGCCCGUGGCCUUGACGUGGACGACGUGAAGUUUGUGAUAAACUUCGACUUUCCUACGACCUCCGAGGACUACAUUCAUCGUAUCGGGCGCACUGGACGGUGUGAUAACACGGGCACAGCCUACACGUUCUUCACGCCUAACAAUGCGGCCAAAGCGCGGGAUCUGAUCGAUGUGCUGAAGGAAGCGAAACAGGUGAUCAAUCCGAAGUUAGUAGAGCUGGCCAAUAUGAAGGUUAAAGCUAGAGGAAAUCGCCAUAUGAUAUCGCGUUAUCCGCGAGAGCGAAGAACACGAUCGCGUUCUAACAGCAGAUCUCGAUCGCCAGUCGCGGGUCGAGGACGGCUCACCGAUCGACGUCGCUCAGUAUCGCGUUCUCGUUCUCCGCGUGCACGCUCCCCGUUGGGUGUGCGUCGUGAUCGACGUAGCGUGUCGCGUGAUAAUCGGCGCAGUCGCAGCCCACGACGUAGCCGUAGCACUAGCCGCCGCCGAUUACUACCGAGUAGUUCGCGUGCUAAACCAUCGAGCAGAUCGCCACCGGCGAGCAGGAGCCCUGCGGGACGACGCAAUGGUGGAGGUGGUGGGCGUGAUCAGCGAAACGGUGCUCGAUCCUCUAGUCGAGAUCGUAAUCGUUCUGAUCGCGACAGAGAGCGCGACCGGGACCGCGAACGCGACCGGGAUCGAGAACGCGACCGGGAUCGAGAACGCGACCGGGAGCGUGAUCGGGACCGGGAGCGAGAACGCGAUCGUGAACGUGAUCGCGAUCGCGACCGUGAUCGUCGUCGUCACAGUCGCAGCCGUAGUCGAAGUCGAAGCGGUGGACGACGGUACGGAAGCAACGGGAAUGGAAGAGCAUCAUCGUACGAUCGUUACUAAGUUAUGAUCAGUGCCGUUUUGCUCGGGAGACACACUCACACCCACAUACACAACGAAGUAAGAGUUAGCAUGUUCUGUAGAAAAGCAUACCGAAUGCUACGAAAGCUUUGAUUGUCUAGAGGUACAAAUGGCAAGAAGUGAAAUUGGACAUUGAUGAAGGAGAAAAAAAUACUUUUUUAUAAACCAGAAAGCCAAACAUUCUUAGCUGUUCUCGGUACCAAUAGGUUUGUUUGAAUCCGAGUUACCAGCUAGAUCCGAUGUUGAUCAUCCCAAUCAUCCAUCCUCAUACAUCCAGUUUAUUGACGUAUUAGCAGCAAACGAGAACAAUCGAUUGAAUU